AACCAUAAGUAGUAGGGUUAACAACGAGCUGGAUGGUUUAAUAAUUUGUCAUCAAGAUCUACGGAACCUGCUGUGACCCAGUUAUUUAAUGUUCUGAAUCUGAGGAACCCGCCGCCAUUGAACAUAUCACCGCAGGGCCUGAAGGUCACGUGGCGUUGUGUUGACAGUGAGACGGGGAGGAAAGAUGGCGGCGCGGUGGAGCAGCGAGACUGUGGUGGUGGAGUUUCGGGACGCUCAGGCCACAGCCAUGUCCGUGGACUGCCUGGGCUCCCACGCCGUGCUGUCAGGCCGGCACUCCCUCUACCUGGUGAACCUGGACGCUCCGACCGAGCCGUCCCGUAAGAUGGGCCGCCACAGUAAGUGGGACGUGGGGACGGUCCAGUGGAACCCGCAUCGGUCCCAGGCUCAUGUCUUUGCUGCCUCGAGCAACCAGCGAGUGGACCUGUACUCCUGGAGGGACGGUUGUGGAGAGACUCACACAUCCCUGCAGGGACACACCCGGGUCAUCAGCGACCUGGACUGGUCCUGGUUCGACUCAGAGCUGCUGGUGUCCAGCUCAGUGGACACCUACAUCUACAUCUGGGACACCAGGGACACUCGGAAACCCACGGUGGCGCUGUCUGCUGUCGCUGGAGCUGCUCAGGUGAAGUGGAACCGGAAGAACCCACACCUGCUGGCGUCCAGUCAUGACGGAGACGUCCGCAUCUGGGACAAGAGGAAACCCAACACGGCGGUGGAGUACCUGGCUGCUCACCUGUCCAAGAUCCACGGCCUGGACUGGCACAGAGACAACGAGUUCGUCUUCGCCACAUCCAGCCAGGACAACUCCGUCAGGUUCUGGGACUACCGGCAGCCCAGGAAGUACCUGAGCGUCCUGUCCUGCCAGGUGCCAGUGUGGAAGGCCCGCUACACGCCGUUCUCCAGUGGUCUCGUCACCGUCAUGGUCCCUCAGCUGCGGCGGGAGAACAGUCUCCUGCUGUGGAGCGUUCUGGACCUCAACAGUCCCGUCCACGCCUUCGUUGGACACGAUGACGUCGUCCUGGAGUUCCAGUGGCGUCCCCAGAAGGAAGGGUCCAGGGACUUCCAGCUGGUGACCUUCCGGGACCAGACGCUGCGGAUCUGGAGGGUGGAGCUUCAACUGCAGAAGCUGUGCGUCGGCGACCUGGUGGACGAGCUGAUGGAGGACGUGUCCAUUGCCGUGGAAACGGAGAGGUCCCUGGGCGCCCAGCAGGCGGAUGUCCCGCCGGGUCAGGCGGCGAGCCGUUCGGACCCGGCCGUCGGUUCUGGUCUGGCCCAGACUCUGCAGCAGGAGUUCUCCCUGGUCAACCUGCAGAUCCGGAACGUCAACGUAGAGAUGGACGCCCGGAACCGGAGCUGCGUGGUGUCGGCCCACUUUGGCGGUCAGCGGGUCCACCUGGUGGUCAACUUUCCGGUCCAGUACCCCAACAACGCCGCGCCCUCCUUCCAAUUCGUCGCCCCGACCACCAUCCCCCCCGCCAUGAAGACCAAGAUCCAGAAGGUCCUGAUGGACACGUCUCUGCAGAAGGUGAAGCGGAACCAGAACUGCCUGGAGCCGUGCGUCCGGCAGCUCGUCUCCUGCCUGGAGUCAGACAUGACACAAGAGGACGGUCCAGCGUCCGGCCCGUUUAUCCUGUCCAAUCCCGUGGCUCCGUCCCUGCAGGCGUUUCCUCGGGUCACCAACACCUACGGCUCCUACCAGGACGCCAAUAUCCCGUUCCCCCGGACCUCUGGAGCCCGGUUCUGCGGUACCGGCUGCCUGGUCUACUUCACCCGACCGAUCACCAUGCACCGCUCGGCCCCGCCCACAGAACCCACGCCCAGGUCCCUGUCGGCGCUGUCCGCCUACCACAGCGGCGUUCUGACCCCGAUGAAGAUGCGCUCCGAGUCCCAGAACACGCUGCGACUCUACAGCGGCAGCCCGACCCGGUCCGACAAGGACACCGUCUCCAUCUCCUCCUUCUACUACAAGGAGCGGAAGCUUCCCAUGUCCGCCUCCCGCCGCUGGUCUGUCCAAACCCUCCAUGAUUGGCCGAAAUCGCGGCGCUUCAAGACGAAGCGGGAAGGAGCGGAGUACAGCAGCCGGCCCACCAAGCUGGCCGGGAAGGUCAUCAUCCAGGAGAUCUCCUGCCUGCUGCCUGUGCACAAGGCUCUGGGAGAGAGCUACAUUCUGAACAUGAACGACAUUCAGGAAACCUGUCAGAAGAACGCAGCAGCAGCACUUGCAGUGGGACGCAGAGACCUGGCCAAGGUUUGGGCUCUGGCGUCCGCCGCCACCAGUCAGGACCUGAGUCCUGAUUCUGACCCGGACACAGAGACGCCCUGGGCCAGACACCCGUUUGGGCGCCACCUGCUGGAGACGCUUUUGGAUCACUACAGUCAGAUGAGCGACGUCCAGACUCUGGCCAUGCUCUGCAGCGUGUUCAGGGCUCAGGCUCCGCCCCCUGACUGCUACUCUCUGUACGGCCCCGGCUCCCGCCUCCACUCCCGAUAUCCCAGCUACACCUCCAGCUCCGUGACAUCCGGCUCCUGUUCCAGCACCUCCGACUCCAUCACAGCCACCUGGACCACAGGUGAACCCGAGCAUCCCGCCCCCUGGGGGGAGUCUUCUCCUGAUGACUAUCGCUAUGGCAGCCAGAGCUACACAGACCCUCGGGAGCGAGAGCGGGAGCUGCACGACAUGAACAAGAGGCUGCUGGACCCGGCCAACACGCUGCAGUUCGACGACUUCAAGAAGAGCUACGGUGAAAUCCUGUACCGCUGGGGUCUGGGCGACAAGCGGGCCGACGUCCUCAAGUUCACGGCCGGCCCGCCAGAACCUCACAAAGGCAUCGAGUUCGGGCUGUACUGCUGCCACUGCCGCAGCCAGGCGCGCGGGACGCAGUGCGCCGUGUGCAAGCGGCUGACCUUCCAGUGCGCCGUGUGCCACGUCGCCGUGCGCGGCUCCUCCAACUUCUGCCUGAGCUGCGGCCACGGCGGCCAUACCGGACACAUGAUGGACUGGUUCCGGCGCCAGGACGAGUGUCCGGCCGGCUGCGGCUGCCGCUGCCUGCUGCAGAGCACCUUCUGAUGCCGCCGCCUGCUCAAUAAAACCCACAAAUAUCUCA